AUGACCGAGAUCUCCAAGUUCCGCACCCUCUCGCUAACCAGCCAUAGCAAUGUUUUCGUCAUCACCAUGCAGAAGGCGCCUGAAAACCGGUUAAACUCAUGGUAUUGUCAGGAAAUCAUCCGGGCCUUCCACGCGGUGCAUCGCAUUCUUGGUCCUGAUUCUGAAGGGGCGGUGGAAGUGAUGCUAAGUUCUGGUGCACUGUACUUGAACUGGACAACGGAGCUACGAAUCCUUUUGCCAACACAGAUGGAUUCUACCCGGUAUUUUGGCCCGCUUCCAACGAUUCAUUCACCCUAACCGAUGUUUUCUUCGUCCCGGUUUCGGACGAAAAAAAACCAUUAAGGGCCUGUUCGGUGCGUCCGUACUUUUUGAACGCAAUAGUGGAUCUCAUUAAAAAUAGUGUAUUUAUCAAUUAUUAGUAGCAAGCCGGCAUUGCACCACCAUGCUAUUCCAUAAUUGAGAUCACUUCACACUGGCUUUUUUUAAUUUCACAUUCAUCAACGCGGACACA